GUGGCCUUCCUCAUGCAGCUGGAGGAUUCCACACCCACGAUCCCGGAUGCGGUCACGGGCUAUUACCUCAACAGAGCGGGAUUCGAGGCCUCGGAUCCGCGCAUCAUUCGUUUGAUCUCUUUGGCUGCACAGAAGUUUAUUUCUGACAUUGCCAAUGAUGCGCUGCAGCACUGCAAGAUGAAGGGAACAGCCUCAGGCAGCUCCCGCAAUAAGAGCAAGGAUAAGAAGUACACGCUGACCAUGGAAGACCUGACACCAGCACUUGCAGAAUACGGCAUCAAUGUGAAAAAGCCACAUUACUUCACAUGA